AUCGACCUUAUAUAAUCUAAAAAAAAUAAUAAUAAUAAUAAUAAUAAAAUCUAUCCAGAAUAGCAAUCACUCGCGAAGAAAGAAUUACUAGAAGGGAAGCGGCUCGUUCCCGGCGCCUUCAGCCCGCGAGGCCGAAGUGCCGCAGGGGUCAAACAAGGUCCUGCUGCUGCCGUCUGCCGCCCGUUGACGUGACGCCCUUUUGACAUGUAGAGAGGUGCUUAUGGCGUGGAUUCCUGGCCGAGUGGUUCGUCGGGGGAACGAGUUGCAUUUCUGACGUGGGACGCAAAGGAGGAAGGAAGAAUGCCCGGUGGCCCUGCAUCCAGACACUCAUUCAAUGGCAGAUCGAAACCACAGGUUGUGAGCGGAUAUCAGGUUGCAGAACGCCAUUUGCAUAGUUUUGAAGUUUGCUGCCAGAGGGGUCAGAUUGGAAAAGCUUUCUCCCAUCUUUCUCUUGCUCUCUGCAUUUUACCACAAAUCAAGGAGCAGUAUUACGCAAGAUACUUGGACAUCUUUGAAAGGUGGAGUGCAACCGUCGAAGAGAAUAAUGGCUUUCAGCAGGCAAUGACAAUAUUUGAGGUUGCACUCACUCGCUAUCCAGAGUCGGCAGACAUCCAUCACCUCCUGGCCAAGACCCUCUACAGAAAUGGAAACAUACAUGAAGCAUGGACCUAUGCUGUCAUGGCUCAGAAAGCUUGCACUCAUGAUCCAAAUGCCCAAGAAACUCGAGCUCGGCUGACUAAUGCACUUGUUGACCGCUGGCACCUGCCCAUGCUUAAUGAUGUCAACAGAAAUAGUGUAUUCAAGCGUGCGAUUGAAGCCGCAGUCAACCAGGGGCAUGGAGUGGUUUUGGACAUAGGAUCAGGGACUGGCUUACUCAGCAUGUAUGCCAAGCAGGCAGGUGCCAGAGCUGUAUAUGCGUGUGAAAUGGACAGGUUUAUGUGUGAAAUGUCAGGCGACAUUCUUCAGGCGAAUUUUGACUUGCCAGACAUUCAGGUCCUUAGCCAUCACAGUAACAAUCUGGCUGUUCCAACUCAUAUUCCAGAAAGGGUCAGUCUAGUUGUGAGUGAGACUGUAGAUGCUGGACUGCUGGGAGAGCACAUUCUCCCAACACUACAGCAUGCAUGGCAAAAUCUCCUUCUGCCACCACAGCCAGCAUUAGAGCUCUCACCUCAGCCAGAGCAGCCAAACCCCAUUCAAGCGUCCAGUAUCACAAAUCAGAAUGAAGGAGUUACAUGCCCAUCACCAGCUCUCUUUGGCAAAGUCAUACCCCAGAAAGCAGAGGUGUAUAUUGCACUGAUUAGCUGUGAUUAUAUAUCUAGACAAACAAAGCUGAGAAACUCAAACUUACCCUUCUUCCAAGGCAAGAGAGUGUCUGCUAAGCUUGAAGAACCUUAUAUGUCAGAGAAGCUAUCUCAGGUGCCAGGAGGAUUCACACUGUUAUCCAACUGGAUUCCCUUAACAAGCAUUAACUUCAAUUCCCUUGAGGAUAUUGAACGGCAUUUGAGGGGAGACGUAGGCCGAACUAUUGAAAUCCCUUGCAUAAAGAGUGGAGUACCAGAUGCUAUUGUCUUGGCUUUUGAUUUAUAUCUAAAUGAAGACGAAUUCAUAAGUACUAAUCCAGAAACAUGUACAACCCUAUGGGAAAAUGCUGUAUAUCCAAUAAAAGAUUUACCAAAGGUUACUGCCAGUGAGGUGGUUGAACUGAAGUUCAGCUGCAAUGGUAUUAUAAGGUUAUCAGUAUCCAGUGAAAGUACAAAUGAAGGAGACUGUGCAAAUCUCAGUGCUGAAACUCUAAUGUUUCUAAACAGUGAAUGCACCAUUGAUGCAUUUUUAUCUGCAGCUAAACAAGCAGCAGUCAACUUGAAGAAGCAGUCAAAGGCCAGAGCACCUGAUCCAUUUAUUGUGUGUGAUACUGCUCCCUUCCCAAUAGCUGGCCUUUCCUUGCAGUCAGAAUUUCCCAAUUGUAAACUAUACAUAGAAGAGGAGAGUGUUCAGCAGACACUUAAAGAAUUUAAUAUUGAUGCUAGUUUGUGUGAAGACCUUGAAGAUGAAGUAGACGUUCUUUUCAUCUGGCCUUUGACAAAAGAAGGCAGUCUGAAAGAUGGACUAAUAAAAAAGCUCCUUAUGUACAGAUUAAUGAUGGCUGAGAGUUGCUAUGUGUUCCCACAAACAUUGGAUCUGGUAAUAGGUCUCAUCAACUCCCCAACACUUGGCUCCAUGACAAGAGUGGACGACUCCAACACCUGUGGUAUUAAGAUAGCGGAUGUCUUCAAUAUUGUCAAGACCCAGCAUCAUCUUGAUGCACCUCUGGAAGCCUUGCCACAUUCUGCCAUUAUUCAAGACCCCAUACCGGUCUUGAGACUUUCACUCACCACAGCAGACACUGAAGCUGCAGGCUGCAUUCAAGAGACCCGGAGUAGCAGAUCAGACAGUAUGCUCGUGCUUGGAGGGGAAAUAAUCCAGUACACAGCGGAAAUCACUAUCCCGGAGGCCUCUGUCAUCACUGGCCUUCCCUACUGGUUUAUUUUGAGUGGGACCUCCUCAGCAGCCCAUUCCGAAUCCAUGGACAGAGCAGACUCAGUAGCACCACAGGCCUUAGUCUCUGAAUUUCAUGUACCCAGUCCUGCCAUCACUUUGUCUAGCAGAGGACUGGAUUCUCCAUGUAACCAGAGCAUACUAAUGUUAGAAGACCCAUUAAGAGUAGCAAGAAAUGAACGUGUAACUCUGAAGGUCAAUUGGAGGGAGGGUGUGUUUGGGGCCAGUGUUCAGUCUGUUCAAUAGCACAAGUAUUAUAAUAUUCAGCCAUUGUAGUUAUUGAAUGGCUUUCUUUAUGAUUGAUAUAUGUAGUUUGUGUAUGUUGAGUGUCUUAAAUAUGCAUUUGUAGGUAAGUAAAAAUGUACAAACAUUUUUUGAUGACCAGUAAUUAUAGGUGUAUUUGCACUUAAGGUUUAUGUGGAUACAAUAAAACUUAUCUUAGAUCUUAAAAGUGUAUUACAUAACCCAUCAGUAUAGCAGUAAUAAAUCAUAACCACAAAGUACCCACAUGUGAUUUUAAAAAGUCAGCUUUCAUUUUAAUAAAUUUUAUUGUAACCCAA